GAAAGUCGGAGGAUCAUUCGUUGCGUGACGCCCUCUUCAACGAAGACACGGAGAAGCAGAUGCCGCAGCUCUUCAGCAAGAUCCAGGACGAGGCGCUCAGUGGGUUAGCCUUGGAUGAACGUCAAGUCGCCGACCUCUCCAAAGCUCUAGGGAUCAUGGCCCGCAGCGGCGGCAAGGUGAGACCCGGACUGACCUGGGGCGGGGAGACCGACUCCGGUGUUAGCGAAUGUCAU